ACUCCAAGAGUCUAAAACUCUCAUUUUAUUCUCUCAUAAAUGUCUAAGGCCGAUGUGGAAUUAGACGAAUCUAAACUGUCUCCUAUGGAGGCUAGAAUCAGUUUUCUUGCUGAUGCAGCAAUUCUAUUUGCUGAAGAAAUGCCAAAAGUAUCGCAUAACAUGAUGAGAGACGCAUUGCGUUUUCUAAAAGAUUCAAAUAUGGAGAUUGCAGCUGGUCAUUACCUACACAUUUGCAAAAGAUGCGGAGUAGUAAAGGUUCCCUGUGCGAAUACAAUUGUACGAUGUGAAAAAAGUAAUAAAAGGCAAAGAAGAAAAUUAAAAAGAAGACAUAGAGUAAAGAAAAUCAAAGAAGCCGGUAUAUCUGUGAAAAUAGAUUCCACAAUGGUCCACAAGAAUGUAAUGGUACUCAAAUAUUAUAUACCGUAA